GUUCCGAGCUGGAGCCUUGGCGCCGACAAGGCCCCGCCCGGGACCUGAGCGUGUCCCCGCGGGGCGGUAGUGCGGUGGCCGCGGCCCGCGAGUGUCGCUGGCGUCAAAGCCGAGCGCUCUCACCUUUCCCUGCUGCGUCCGUGGGAAACAACCUGGGAGGAGCGGCUUUCUUUCUCGCCCGCCACCCGAGGGCCUGCUUGGGGACUGUGGGCCCCGCAGUGGCCGGGACUGGCUGACCUAACGGAGCCUCCGCGGAAGAUGUGGCUUCGCGGGGAGAUUGGCGUGACCUAGGGAGGAGAACCUUAGGGUUUUGUGACUUUCUCUAGGUCUGAGCGGCAGCGCUGAAGUAUGUGCGGGCGAACGUCCUGUCACUUGCCCAGAGAGGUUCUCACCAGGGCCUGCGCCUAUCAGGAUCGGCAGGGCCGGCGGCGGCUCCCGCAGUGGAGGGACCCCGACAAGUACUGCCCCUCCUACAACAAGAGCCCGCAGUCCAGCAGCCCCGUGCUGCUCUCCAGACUGCACUUUGAGAAGGAUGCAGACUCAUCAGAUCGGAUAAUUAUUCCCAUGCGAUGGGGCUUAGUCCCAUCUUGGUUCAAAGAAAGUGAUCCUUCUAAGCUGCAGUUCAACACUACCAACUGUCGUAGUGAUACCAUAAUGGAGAAGCAGUCAUUCAAGGUUCCUCUGGGGAAAGGACGGCGGUGUGUUGUUUUAGCAGAUGGAUUCUACGAGUGGCAGCGGUGUCAGGGAACAAACCAGAGGCAACCAUACUUCAUCUAUUUUCCUCAAAUCAAGACAGAGAAGUCAGGUGGGAACGAUGCUUCAGACAGCUCUGACAACAAGGAAAAGGUCUGGGACAACUGGAGGCUGCUGACAAUGGCAGGGAUCUUUGACUGCUGGGAAGCGCCAGGGGGAGAGUGCCUGUAUUCCUACAGCAUCAUCACUGUGGAUUCCUGCAGAGGUUUGAGUGACAUCCACAGCAGGCAAGUCACUGUUUUUUCCUGGGGAGAGUUUGCUCUGAUUUUAGAGAGUAGGGAACUGACUUAUGCAAAUUAUAAUGUUUUCCCAAAGCUUGAUGUAUAUUCCCCGAAAGGUUACCAACAUGCUUGCAAAAUUAUACAGUGAAAUCCUUAUGAAAUAAUUUUGAUUUCUGAGAUUUUAAAAAUAUUUUUAGGGACUGGUGGUGUAGCUCAUGGUGGAAUAUGUCCAUAGCAUGACCAUGGACUUACUAGGCCAGUGAUGUAUAACUGAGAUUUACCCCUAACUCAUUGGCUCAGUGGAUAAGAGCUCUUGCUACUCUUGCAAAGGACCAGGUUUAAUUUCCAGGCAGCUCACAACUGUCUAUGUUUGUAUUUACUGGCAAUCCACUUCCUUUGGCCUCUUCUGGACAUCCCCACAUGCAGACACACACAUGUACACAUAACUACAAAUAAGAAAAAUAACUCUUAAAAAAUAAAGUACAUUGAUUUAUUGGAAUCAAAGCUUUUGUCCUCUACUAUAAAUGUUUAUAUAUUUGUCUCCUAAAAUCAGCUGUACAACCAGUAAAAUUUGAGUCUGGGCUGUAAAACUGGAAAAUAGUUUGCUUUCUAUUGCCAUGACCAAAUGAAGCUCCAGGUGGAGAGGGUGUAUUUAAUACUUAUCUUAAUCUUAGUCCAUCAUGAAGGUAAGUCAGGGCAGGAACUCAAGCAGAGGCCAUGGAGACAUGCUGCAUACUGGUGUGCUCAGUUACUUUUUCCCCAUCAACCAAUAAUCAAGAAAAUGCCCACAGCUAUGCCUACAGUCCAGUCUGAUACAGUUUUCUCAGUUUGCCUUUCAUCUUCCCCAGUGGCUUUAGCUUGUGUCAACUUGACAAAAAACUAACCAGUACAGGGGAAAUAAGGUUGAGAAGACAACACUGUCUGCCAGUUGUGGAGGCACAGGCCUAUAAUAUAACCUAGCACUGGGAGGCAAAGGCAGGAAACUUCGCACAAGUUUAAAACCAGCUGGUACUGCAUAGGAAGAUACUGUCUGUCAGUGAAACAUUAAAGAAUAGUAGUAUCUGGUGCUGGGGGGAAAUUGAACAUUUUAUCAAAUGAAUAGUCACCUUCAUUUAUCUUUUGUGUGAUUGCUAGAAUCCUUGAGUGCUAUAUUUACCUGCAUUUGUGGCUUUUUCAAAGCAAAAAGUUUUGGGAUAUGUAGCUGUAUUUGAAACCACCAAACCAACGAUACUAGCAGCAAAGGGAGCAGAUUUUGUGGUAUUGAAGCUUGUUACAUUAAAUAAAUAAAUUGUGCUUUCUCUGUGA